CUUUCUUGGACACACCACUUCAAGUGUCCCCGCCUCUGCACUGUCUCACGACCAUCGAUCCUUCGACUUGAGCUGGCCAUGUGUCGGCUGACUGGUCAACAUAAUCGCCAUCAUGGACUCGGAUGAGUUCGAGGAUGGCGUGGCUGACGAAGACCUCAUCCUGGCAGCCACACAGUGCCACAACCCGCCUAGUACCUCGCUCCCGAAGCAAAGACAGUCACAUGAGUACAUUGACUUGGAUGACUGGCCCUCUGAUGCGUUCGCCAGCUCGCCAGGCGUAAGCACUGCCAUCCCACAGCGCCAUCAUGAGCAAGGCGGUGCCGCGCGAGGAUUUCGGCCUGCGCCUGCACUGGGAGCACCGGCCGCGACUUAUCGGCAGACGACCCUUUUUGGUCUGGCCGCCCAGGCAGAGAGGGAGGCUGCCACGGCGUCUUCGCAGCGAGGGAAGCCACCUCUGUUUAGGACCGACAAACCUCCUGAGCCGCCUACACACCACGAGCUCAAUGUUGAGGCCAUGCAAACCUGGAUCUACCCCACGAACAUUGGUGCCAUUCGUGAUUACCAGUACAGUAUCGUCAAGAACGGUCUGUUCAAUAAUACGUUGGUGGCGCUCCCAACUGGCUUGGGAAAGACAUUCAUCGCAGCCACCAUCAUGCUCAACUACUUCAGGUGGACCAAGACGGCAAAGAUAGUGUUUGUAGCACCGACCAAGCCCCUCGCCCAGCAACAGGUCGAUGCUUGCUUCCAUACUGUUGGCAUCCCCCGGUCGCAGACUACACUCUUGACUGGUGAAGUGUCGCCGGCAUUACGAGUCGAAGAAUGGCAGACGAAACGCGUCUUCUUCAUGACUCCACAGACCCUCGAAAACGAUCUGUCUUCUGGCUAUGCAGACCCGAAAUCCAUCUGCCUUCUUGUCGUUGAUGAAGCUCACCGCGCCACCGGCAACUACUCUUACGUCAAAGUGGUCAACUUCAUUCAGCGGUUUUCGAGCUCCUUUCGGAUACUUGCUUUGACCGCGACACCUGGCUCAAAAGUCGAGGGAGUACAGGACGUCAUUGAUAACCUGCACAUCUCUCACGUCGAGAUUCGCACUGAAGAGUCAAUAGACAUUCGGCCAUAUAUUCAUGGCAGGGAUGAAGACAUCGUUCUGCUUGACCCGUCGGAUGAGAUGCAGGAAAUCCAGCGCCUCUUCUCUACCGCACUGAAGCCCAUAGUAGACAAACUUAGCCAACAAAACAUCUACUACGGCCGAGACCCAAUGGCCCUCACAGUCUUUGGUCUUAUGCAGGCACGAAAAGACUGGAUGGCCCGAGCUGGUCAGCAUGCGAAUCAAGGAAUAAAAUUCAUGAUGUUUGCGAUUUUCAGUAUACUGCAGAGCCUGGCUCAUUCAAUCAAGCUGCUCAACUUUCAUGGCAUCAAACCAUUCUACGACAACCUAGUAGCGUUCCGCGACGAGGUUGAGGGAAAGGGAGAGAAGGGAUCAAAGUACAAGAAGCAAAUCACCGAGUCGCCUAGCUUCCGGGAAAUGAUGAACAAAAUCGCUGCUUGGUCAUCCAAAGGCGAUUUUGUGAGCCACCCGAAGCUGACAUAUCUGUCGGACACGGUUCUCAACCACUUCUUGGAUCGUGGCGAAGGUCGAGAAGGAACUGCACCGUCCGCCUCUGGCACACGAAUCAUCGUGUUCAGUGAAUUCAGGGAUAGUGCUGAAGAGAUAGCGCGUGUUCUGAACACCCAUCAACCCUUAGUCCGGGCAGCAGUUUUCGUGGGUCAAGCUGACUCGAAAAAGUCGAUGGGCAUGAAGCAGGCAGAACAGAUUGAACGCAUCCGCAAGUUCAAAGCUGGAGACCUCAAUGUUCUCGUGGCGACUUCAAUUGGCGAAGAAGGUCUGGACAUUGGUCAGGUCGACCUGAUUGUCUGUUACGACGCAUCGAGCUCCCCGAUUCGGAUGUUGCAACGAAUGGGACGUACAGGACGAAAGCGCGCGGGUCGCGCCGUGCUCCUCUUAAUGAAGGGCAAGGAAGAGGACAAAUACGCACAAUCCAAAGACAACUACGAGAAGAUGCAGAAGAUGAUUUGCGACGGCAGCCGCUUCGCAUUCAGGCAUGAUUUAUCCAGGCGCAUUGUGCCGCGCGACAUCCAGCCAGUGGUCGACAAGCGGGCUGUGGAAAUUCCCAUCGAAAACACACAAGACAGAUCAGCCCCCGAGCCAAGGAAGCGGGCUCUGAAGAAGAAGCCACCGAAGAAAUUUCACAUGCCCGAUGACGUCGAGACCGGCUUCGCGACAGUCGCAUCUAUGCUUGGUGCCAAGCCAAAACGUCCAGCGCCAGUGGCCAAGAAGGAACGGGCAAUAGACGCAGAGCUGAGAGAGCUUACUGAGCUACCCAAACUUGCCAGAGUCUUACUCAGUGAGCCGGAGACACGAGAGCUGAAUAGGACUUACAGAAACCUACCUUUCCAGACCAAUGCAGGAACGGAGGAGAUUGACCAGAUCGACCUCACAGCGUUCCCCAAGGCUCAGCGGACUCUGCGCAAAACCAUCCACCUGAAGCAUGGCAGGCAUACGAAACGCUGCGUCAAGGUGUUUGGAAGGCUCGCGAAGCUGCAAACAGCAAGCGAUAAGUACGCUACGCGACCCGAGUCGAUCGAUACGAGAGGGUAUACACAGCUACCGCUACCAGAUGAAGGGCCGGACUCGGACAACUCCGAAGUCGGUUUCGGGCCGUCGUCCAAGAGACGGAAGCUGUCUCCUGAAGCUGAACUCGAUUAUGGUAGCGAGGGGAAGCCCGCAUUGAACAGCAAAUCUCUCCCAGCAGCUAAGCGAGGGCGACCAAAGAAAGCCACCGCGAAAAAUAUGAAUAAGAACACAAGCUUCACUCACGCCGAAUGCCUCGAGGAUGGCAGCGAGAAAGAGAAUGCGAGUGCCAAACCCAAAGCAAAACGGGCAACAAAAGCGGCGUCCAAAACGCCUACAGUCAAGCCACCCCCAAAACCCAGAGGCCGUCCGAAGAAGAAGACACCAGGUAAGGCGUCCACCCUAGCGGCGGGUCUGUAUGACGAAUCCGCCGACGAGGGUGAUGACUGCCGCCGGACGAGCGACCUGGAGCUCUCCGAUGACUCUGAUAACGGAUCAGACCUCGUGGACUUUAUCGUCGGAGACGAUGUGAUGACAUCCUCGGCAGCUGUGGUGCGCGAUGACGAGGAUGAAGGUGACGCCUUGUCCGACUCGGACAUUGACUUCGACGUCGACAUGCCGAGCACUCGGCAGCCGCGAGUCCGAAGGACGGUCAGUUCAGGCAUCCUUUCCUCCUCGACUAUUGGGACCCGCCAGCCGUCAACGUCUCCAACAUCACGGUCUCGUCUGCCAUCUUCGCCGCCGCUCCCGCGAGGCCAACCGCGCAAGCGACCAGCCAAGACCUAUGAACUCUUGUCCCACACUGACGACGACAGCGACGAAGUUCCGUCCAUGAGUCAGCUGAUUGGGCGCAGCAGCUCCUUGAACACGCAGCAGCACAGGCAGAACAAGCACCGGGGUACCACCCUGGGCGCCCUCGCUGACAGCGAUGAGGAUGACGAGGAUCUUGACGUUGAGGUCAGGCGAGAUUCAAUCGCACGGAAGAGCACUACUACCUCCCGAGGAACGGCCCGGAGGCACCGAGGCCGGCGCAUUUUGUCCGACGACGAAGACGACGACGAUGAUGAUGACAAUGACUGAGAGGUGCUUUCCGUGGGCGUCCUUUAGCUAAAUGACGUGGGCCUCGCUCUACUUGGCGCAGAUCAUGAUUAGGAAGAGUGCAUUCAGAACAUUGCCGGGAAACUUGACUUGAAGUGUGUUUUGGCGUCACUGUUUUAUUUAUCUUCCCACGCCCGCCGGAGCAAUGCACUGUGGGCAGAUCAUUGGAAAGACGAACAAUAAGGAAUCCACCAUGACACAAUGAUUGCACAGUUGAAUGUAAUCUAAAUUCAAUCGCAAAUUGACUUGAUUUUCUACGGAUUCCCCCACACAAUGCAGCCGCUCCCUGUCCCUCUCUCCAU